AUACCGUUGAUAACAAGAGAUUAGACGCUAUCUUUUGACCAAGCCUUGCAGGUAUACACGGAAUCUUUCGACAGUUUUAGCUCAUCAACCAAUCCGAUCAUGGCUGAACAAUCUGAGGUGAUUUCACAAUUCCAGCCUCAUGUUGCUGCCCAGCUUGUGCCGGUUAAACUCACUGAAGACAACUAUUCACUCUGGAAAUCUUUGCUAGUCCCACUUCUAAAGAAGUAUGACAUGUUCAAUAUGGUUCAAGGAACAGAGCAGCCUUUGACAGAAGACAAAGACCAAAAGUGCAUGAGCUUCAUGAAGCUCACUUUGUCGGAGGCCAUGCUCCCAUACGCUGCAGAAGCAAGCUCAAGUUCCCGAGCUCUAUGGUUAAAGUUGGAACAGCAAGGCGACAUUGCAGAAUCUCGACUGUUCCUGCUCAAGUCUCGCCUCACAAAGCUGAAGAAAGGAAAGUUAAGUAUGUCCGAUUACUAUCAAUCAGCAAAACAAAUGGCUGAUAGACUCAAGGCUGGGGGAUCUCCAGUGGCUGAUGGUGAUUUUCUUAAGCACGUCCUUAACGGACUUCCGUCUGAUUAUGAUAACUUUGCCAACUUGAUCAGAGCUGGAACUGAAGCCAUAACUACUCCAGAGGAGCUGCAUGACAUACUAGUGGGUGAAGAAUCUAGCCGUAGAGGAGAGAGGUGUCGUAAAGUCAUCAAGUACGGCGCUUUUGUUUUCGUUGGUUAUCUCGUUGGAUACGUCAUUGGUUGGGAGAAGGGUUGGGCCGAUGCUAGAAGAACGUAG